CCCACAUCUUCCUUCAUCUCCUCCAUUAGUGAGGAUGCCUGGCCCAGCGAUCUAUGUCGUAGUUGCCGUGAGCACCGUCGUAGCCGCCGUAGCUUUCAAACAAUUUGUCUAUGAUCCUCACUUGCGGCCAAAGUUGGAAGCAUGGAAGGAAAACAUGGCAGAGCAACGUAGGGCAAGGGCGCAGCGCCGGAGACAGAGUGCGGCGCCAGUCCCUAAUUCUGCACACCAGUCCGGCCCCGAUUCUUCGGGCGACGAUGGCGAUGCGCUUCUUGUAUACGGCGAGCAGAGCUCGUCCAGGCGAAGGCCUUCACUUGGCUCUGAAUACUCAAGUAGCCCAAUCGAACUGGAGCAGCUGGUCUCUAGAGAGGUCGAUCAGUGGAGGAGCAAUGUCGACAUGAGCCGGGACCAGUCGGGGCUCAGGUUGAGGCAUAGGAGGGUUUCCGACACAGGCACGACAACGAGCACAGUAAACUUCAUGGAUGAUCACAUACACGAUCCCAUAUCUGUUCAGCCUAUAGAGCCGAUCUCCUCACAAAGAACACCAGAUAUCAUCUUCGAACAACCACAGUCUCCGUUAUUGCAUCCGCAACUACCGCCAUCGCCUCCCAGCACGGUGCGCAGCAUCCAAGCGCUUGCGAUCCCGCUCAAUGAGCGCUCCUUAUCGUCGCCCUUCGAGCUUGGCUCUGUGUCCGCCAGCCCCAUGUCAACUGCGACCACCACAUGGCAGACUGCAAACGCAUUCACCACGCCGUCUGUGACUAUCAGGAGCAUUUCCGACUCGCAUCGCACGCCGUCCUCACGCGCCUCGAGUCCGGACUCCGAUCUGCUCGCAUCCUCGCUGUUCACAGGCAUGUCUGACUACCACACGCCUCCUGCUGGCUCACCUUCGCUAUCCUCGCCACGCGGCGCGGUCUCGCCCACGUUGUCGUCUCCACGCAUCAGCGUCGACGUCCUCUCUGCACGCACGUCCCCGUCGCCGUACUCUUCGCGUGCGGCUUCCCCUCCGGUGGGCGCGCAUAGUCCAGGCGUGCUGCUCUCGCCGCCGUACGCGCACUCGGACUUUGGCGUGCUGAGCGAGGACGACGGCGUGUUCGCGCUUCCUUCCCACGCGUCGAGUGAUCUUGACACUGACGAAGACGCCUCCGACCUGGCAUCCGUCCCAGGGAGCGAGGCGUCCAGCUGGGCAGAUAUCGAGCCGCACACUGCGCCCUCGCGCCGCUAAUGCCAACACGAUAUGUGCAUCCAUCAUAGAUUACCUGCGUCUAAUCUCAUUUGGCGUUCGUACGUUUGCUCCUCUUUUUCCAUCCUUAUUCUGGUCUCUACACAUGCUUUCAGACUGUCUGCAUAUCUGUGUUGUAGUAUAUCUGCCGUUUUAAGUCCGACCCAUGACACUUGCUCUUCGCUGUCGUACACGUCGCGUAGUCUAAAGCAUUCGCGUUCUUUGUCGGUGUUGUUCUAGUGGUACGUAAAGGAACAUAUGUAUGUAUAUUGACCUUGUCAAUGAAUUGAGAUACUCGCG